GGCGGCUGUUGAAUGUUUCACUUUAGCGGCGGCGCCCGGACGUGAGCGGGAUGUCGCGCCCCCGGGACGCGGUGGAGCGGCGGCCGCUGCUCUCCAGCGGAAAUCACCCGGAGACAAACGACGCGGAUUCGGACGAAGGUGAUGUCAUCUUUGACAGGACACCAGUCAUCAAAGCUGAAGCUGAGGCGGCUUCACAGAGGAGAUUAACAUAUGAGGAAGCGGUGGAGGAAGCAGGUUUUGGCCUGUUCCACUGGCUGCUGCUGCUGGUGUGCGGAUGGGCCAACGCCAGCGACGCCAUCGAGAUACUUUGCGUGUCGUUUCUCCUGCCAACGGCAAGCUGUGAUCCGAUGCUCAGCGCCUCAGACACCGGCCUGCUGACUUCCAGCAUUUUCCUUGGCAUGAUGGUCGGGGGCUACGUGUGGGGGUACUUGGCCGACCAGAGGGGCCGGCGCAGGGUCUUGGUCGUGUCCCUGACUGUGAACGGGGUCUUUGGAAGUCUGGCCGGCGUGGCCCCGUGGUUCUGGCUCUUUCUGCUGCUGCGUUUCAUAAGCGGCAUCGGAGUCGGCGGAUCGAUCCCUGUUAUCUUCUCAUACUUUUCAGAGUUCAUGCCCCGGCUGAGAAGAGGUGCCAUGAUCAGCGCUCUGGCCACUUUCUGGAUGGCAGGAAAUAUCCUGGCUGCAGGUCUGGCCUGGCUCGUGAUUCCAAAAACCUGGAUGCAUUUUUCUCUGGGAACGCUGAACUUCCGGAGCUGGAGGCUGUUUGUGGUGCUCUGCUCCAUUCCCAGCCUCACGUCAGCGCUCCUGUUCAAGCUGCUCAUGCCUGAAAGCCCUAAAUUCCUCAUGGAGGUUGGUCAGGACAAAGAAGCGCUUCGCGUCUUCAAGUUAAUGUUUCAAGUGAAUGUCAGAGGAAAAACCUUCCCGGAGUUUGGUUUGUGCUCGGGCUCUAAACAAAGGGAGGAACUGGAGGAGAGCGGAUUCAGGGCUUCACGCAGAAACUUUACCUUUAUUUUGAAACGGGGAGUGUUGCCCGUUAAGCAGAUGUUCAGUGGUUCACUCAGAUCCAGGAGCAUCGUUCUGUUAAUCGUCUUCUACUGCAUCUCCUUCGGGUACUAUGGGCUGUGGAUGUGGUUCCCGAAGCUGUUUGACAGAGUUGAGGACGGUGGAUCGCCCUGCACCAACUCGUCGCUCCCGUUCCGCAACCAAAGCUGCCAACCAGUGAAGACAGCAGUGUAUAAAGAUGGCUUCAUCAUUGCUACCUCAAACCUGCCUGGCAACAUCUUCACCAUCCUGAUGAUGGACAGCACUGGAGGAAAAGCUCUGCUGUCCUGCAGUCUGCUGGUGUCCAGUCUCAGCGUCUUCCUCAUUUAUUUGGUUCAGACCAAGUCUCAGAGUCUGAUCUUCUCCUGUGUCUUCAGCGGCGUGUCCGUGAUCACCUGGAACGCUCUGGAUGUGUUGGGACCAGAGCUUUACCCGACCCAGCUACGGUCCUCCGCUCUCGGUUUCUUCACAGCAGUGGCCCGAGUGGCAGCGAUCAUGAGUAACGUGGUCUUCAGUAAGUUGGUGGACACAGACUGCGCCGUGCCGAUUCUACUGGUCUCAAGUCUGCUGCUGACUGGAGGACUGGUGGCUCUUCUGCUUCCCCAGACCAGACAGACGGAGCUGACCUGAUCCGCCAGGCGCCGCCUCACGUCAUUUCAGAUUAAGAGGAUGUUUAAUAAUUUAUGACCUGUAGGAAGUAGACGGGAUGAACCCAGAGGAUCUUAUUUAAAUCAGGUGCCUUCGCUUAUCAAUUUGUGCCUUUUAUAGUAUCUCUUUGAAAUGCAAACAAAAAUAGGGCAGUAAAUUGCCUUAAAUUAGAAAAUGUCUAAAAAAGAGUCUCCACAGACCACAGGAAUGAACAGUGACUGAAUGUAGGGUUGAUGCUGGUGAGUCAUAAAGUCAGAAAACACAUCUGCUACAAAAGUGAGCCAAAGGUUAGAAUUAGUAAAAAGACCCAAACAGGGUUGUUUUAGUUCAGCCAGUGGCUUCAAGAUUAGUAUGAAAAUAUUGUCUACAGAUUGUGGUUUGUGCCAAAACUCUUUUCCUUCUCACUUCUCUCCUUGUUACGGUCCCAGCUGAUGUACCUCAAACAGCCUGUUUGUGUUUCUGUUUAUUAUUAUUAUUUGAAACUGUUUUUUGGAGAUCAGAUAGAAGACAUACAACAAAGUAUCUGUAUUUUUUAUUUGUAUAAUAAAUAAACUUGUAAUA